AAGACGACGACAGACACGACAUCUUUCCCCUCAACGUGCAAGCUGAGCCACCCCAGCACGACAGGAUCCUGCGCAACCAUGAACUCGAGCUGGGUCACGAGACAAUUGGCCCGCCGGGUCGAAGGAUCUCUCAACCAGGCCGGAGCCGCCCAGUGCAGAAACAGCUCUAGCUCGACUUCUCGAUCUCGACGAACUGCAACACCACCGACCUGCGCCGCGGCCUCGAGACAACAACGACAACCGCCGCUGGCCCAACAGCAGCAGCAGCAGCAGAAACACCAGCUCAACGCCUCACCGCCCAACACCAGUCGUCGCUUCUUCUCCUACCACCACCACCCCCGCGCCAAGCAGGCCGCCGACGACCCCAACUUCAGCAGCAUCCUCGACAACCCGCCGGACCUCGUGCGCACGGGGCGCCGCCACGGCCCGGGCCUCAUAAUCCUCGCCAUCAUCCCCAUCACCGCGCUGGCCCUGGGGACGUGGCAGGUCCAGCGGCUCGGGUGGAAGACGGAGCUGAUAGCCAAGUUCGAGGACCGGCUCGUCAGGGAACCCCUGCCCUUGCCCCCGCGCAUCGACCCGGACGCCAUCCACGACUUUGACUUCCGCCGGGUCGUCGCGAGGGGCAAGUUCAGGCACGACCUGGAGAUGCUGGUGGGGCCGAGGAUGCGCGACGGCGAGCAAGGGUUCAUGGUCGUCACGCCGCUCGAGCGCGAGGGCGGCAGUGGCGGCGGGCAAGGAGGAGGAGAGACGGCGACGGUGCUCGUGAACCGCGGCUGGAUCAGUAAGACGCUGCGCGACCAGCGCAAUCGGCACCCCAGCGCGUUGCCGAGGGGCGAGGUCACGGUCGAGGGCCUCCUGCGCGAGCCCUGGAAGAAGAACAUGUUCACGCCAGAGAACCGGCCUGACCUCAACGAGUUCUACUUCCCGGAUGUCAAGCAGAUGGCCGCGCUGACGGGGAGCCAGGCAGUCUGGGUUGAGCAGACCAUGGAACCGAGUCUGAUGCAGGUCAUCGACUAUCAGAACAAGGGCAUCCCCAUUGGCAGGGCGGCCGAGGUCAACCUCCGUAAUAACCACGCCCAGUACAUCUUCACCUGGUACGGUCUUGCCGUGGCGACAUCCAUAAUGUUCUACAUGGUCGUCAAGAAGCCGCCCACCGAGGUGACCCGUCGUGUCCGUCAGAACAGAGAUUGGAGGUAGGCAGCCGGUCUCGUUAAACUCCAAGCAGAUCAUGUCGUGUGUAAAGGUGCUGUGCUGCGCUGGUGCGUCCACAACGUGCUAACGGCUCACACGAUUCUGUCCGGUCUGUCCCGACCCCUGUUGUAUACUAUUUAGCUGAGGCAUAUCCGCCUUCUCAUGUAACUUCCUCGUCGUCGUUUCCGCGACGAUUCGCAGCGGUCUUGCGAGAGGACCUGACUGGUACAGGCACAGGCAUGCGAAUCUCUUGCAGGAGCUCACGCGGUAGAUGCCUUUGCGCAAGCGCAAAUGGGGUCAUCGAUGCGCGCGUCUGCCUUUGCCUGUACACGUGCUGCCUGUUAGCAUAUGCGACGGCUUUGUAAAUAGCUUUGUAACAUUACGAAGGUCUAUAAAAAAUGGAAGCAGAGACGGUCUCACAUA